UUAUUUGAAUAUAAAUGCAGUUAAAAAAGAUCAUAUAUAUAUAUGAAAGAUAAUAUGUUAUAAAGAUAUUUGAACUAUGUUAUUUCAAAUUUGGCGCCGUUUAGUUUAAAAAAAAAAAAAAAACACCCUGAGUGAAAUUGACGCACCGUCUAAUUACGAAUAUUAGAAACAUUCGAUUAAAAUCUAUAACGAUAUUGAUUUCGAUUAUCGAAACGAGAUUCCCAAAAGAAUAUCUAUCACGACGAACUGUCCGAGACGAAAGCGAGUUUUUUUCUGUGGGGAAAAAUAGAAAAAAAAAAGAAAAGUAAAAAGAACGAUAAUCAAGAUUCAUAUCUUGGGAUAAUUUUCUUCGUUAAAAAAAAAAAAAAAAAUAAAAGAAAAAAGAAAAAAAAAAGAAAGAAAAAAAUCACUUUUUUUUAUAUAUAUAUAAUAUAUACUGGAUAUUUUUUGAACAACAAUAGUGAACAUUUGCAAGUAUAAAAAUAAAUUUGGAUAAUUCGUCAUAACCUCUUAUAACUCAAAGAUAUUUCUAACGGAACGAACACUCAUAUGUUUAAUAUUUCUUUGAUUGAUAAUAAUAAAUCUCGACAGAUCUGUCGAGUUAACGUUUCAUUUUGGAAAUGAAUUCGAUAAUCGAUCGAAACGUACCACCUGAUAUUUUACAAUGCCACCUAGGCCAAUUCAAUGCUCGUUUAGGAUUAUCUGGAUAAUGACACAGGUGAUCGUUAAUUUAUUAAGUCCAUACACUACGUUGUUACAAUUUUCUACGUAUGGAUCGUCGAUCGAUGAUCAUCAAUUCCCAUAUUUACAUCCAUCCGAAAAUCCUGAUUGUCAAUUUCGUGUAUCUAAGCGUGAAUUUUAUGAUCAAACUAUUCAAUAUCAACGAAGAUUUCCAAUUGAUCGAGAACCGUCGAUCGAGAUCAGAGCGAUAUUAGUUCGUUGUUCUGAACCAUCCAAAGAAAUGUAAGAUAAUUAUUAUAUAUAACGAAUGUUUGAUUCGUAUAAUGAAAUAAAAAAAAAAAUUCUUUUUCUUUUUUUAUCUUCCAUAUAUUUACGAUUUAGAUUCAAUGAACGUGCAGGAAUGAAUUAUAUUAAUAAAAAUGAAACGUUCUAUGAGAAUUUCGAGACAUCGUCAGAUCGUGAACAAAUAAAUAAUUGUCGUCGAAAGUUGAUCAUAACGUUGAAAUUAAAUAACAUUGGAAAGACUAGAACAGAGGAAGAAUACAUAGUAGUCAGUCAUGCUUUAGAUCCGAUUACAAUGCAGAAAUCACGUUUGCAGAAUCCUUAUGUUAUUAAAGUUCGCCAGGA